UCUCAGGAGUUAUGUAAGCGCGUCAACGAGGCCUGUCGUAACACCGAAGACUCCCAGCGCUUACAGUGGAUUCAAAAGCAGAUCAGAGUCGACGGCAUCGAUCAGAACAUUGAUUUCAAUUCAGACACCAAUUGUUUGGGUCGGCGCCAGUUAUUGCAUUCGGGAACUCUUAUUAAAGCCAAUUCUGGCCGCGAAUUGAUUGCCUUCUUAUUCAACGAUUUCCUGUUACUCACAAUUGCUUUGAAAGAAUUGCCUAAAAUAACCAAUGUAUUCGCCUCUGAGAAAGCCCUGUCCGCUACCUAUCGACUAUACAAAGAGCCCAUUCUCUUGAAUGACAUAAUUAUUACGGAAUUGUCUCAAUUUGACACCAAUUUAGACCCAAAUCUAUUUCAAAUUCAUGUCAAUUCUCAACAAAAGUAUUUCACUUUUAAAGCCAUUUCUACAAAUGAACGCUCGCUUUGGGUUAAGUCUAUAGACGUCUCUUCACGACAUUUCCGAGACGUCGAAAGACUUGAGCUUUUGUCUACAAAAACAUUAAAUUUAACUAAAUUGCGAAAAAUUGGCCGAUUAUUCGUAACUGUGAUCGAAGGCCUUCAACUAACAUCUAAUAAUAACGUGAUGAAUGCAUUUUGUAAGAUAAGUAUUGGUAAGGAUGAAGAGCACAUAUAUCAGACCCAUUCCACAAAAGUGGUCCGUUGCGUGGCUACGAGCCCUACCGGUGACCGAUCAUUGAUCUCACGUUCUUCGCCAUCGAUUGUCACGAAAAAUCAGACAAACAUUGUCUCGAAAUCUAAUUUAUUUAAACUGAAGUGGAAUGACUCCACACAACUCAUUGUCUACGAAGACAUGAAUAACUUAUUGCAAAUCAAAUGCUAUGAUCGCAACCCAUUCGCUGCCAACUAUUUGAUCGGUUCAUCCGUGCUAUCAGUCCGUGAAUUGGCCGAACAGAUGAGUCAAAUCCAAGGCCCCAUCACUAAGGAAGUGCGGCUCACGUCCGGUGACAACAACCCGAAUGCCAAUCCCAGCGUUUACUUAAAGCUUGAU